GCGACUUGAAGCAAUGAAACCAGCGCUUUCAUCAUGCUGCACUGGCCCAGGAUAUCCAUCACCUUUGGAAGCCAUCAAAGGACCACGGGAGAAAAUUGUUUAUGUGCCAUGCAUUGGGCCUCCUGAGAAUCGUCAGAACCGGGCUAACUAUCUAGCCACCGUUGAUGUGGAUCCACAAUCUCCUACAUUCUGUCAGGUCAUAUCUCGUCUGUACAUGCCUUACACCAGUGAUGAACUGCAUCACACCGGCUGGAAUGCUUGCUCUAGCUGCUAUGACGACCCCAGCAAGACACGAGACAAAAUGAUAAUGCCAUGUCUAGAUGGUGAUCGGGUUUACGUAGUGGACAUGGGUGUCGACCCUCGUGAACCCCGUCUGUACAAGGUUGUUGAAGCUUUGGAUUAAG